AUGUCAGAGAGCAACGGCACAUUUCCGGACAACAACACCACGGCGCGAGCGUUCAGUGUGGCUGAUGGGCUGGAACUGGUGUACACACUGGCCGUCUCGACUGUCGGUCCGGUCACCAGUAUUCUGGUCAUUCUUGUGACUAUCAGGACGCCGAGUCUCCGCACGCCGUCUAACGCCAUGGUGGCAGUCCAGUGCGGCACGGACCUGGUGUUCGCCCUGUGUGUGGGGCCGGCUGCGUCCGUCUCUGUCAUCACAAACAGCUGGCCGCUGGACCCGGCAGUCUGCAUGGUCACUGGUUUUCUGUGUAUUGUGUGCAGAGUCAUGUCUACCCUUACACUAACGCUGAUCGCCGUGAACCGGUGCGUGGUCAUCACCACGGACAUCGACAUGUACGACAGGCUGUUCACCUGGAGGAACACCGCUGCCGCUCUGGCAGUCUUCGCGGCCGCUAGUUUCACCUUCGUGCUCUCCUGCCACGCCGGAGGGUUGGAGUUUGGAUAUUUGACCAGCACUCGACGUUGUACGCUUCUUGUGGAUACGAACUCGCCAGGUUACAUCGUGUUCCAAUGCACCAGCGGUGUACUGAUCGUGACCAUGGUGGCCACAUGUGUGUCGUGUUAUGUUAAGAUCGUCCUGUAUGUGCGUCGGAGUGGAGCGAAACUGCAAGGGCAGGCGUCAGAUGCUCGCAAGCGGCAGGAGUUUCUUCUGACGCGGAACUGCGGACUGCUGCUCCUGGUGUUCCUGGUCUCCUGGCUCUUCUCCACCUUUCUACUCCUCAUCAUCAGUCUACUCAUUAAU